CUACGAUUUCUUCUGUGUUCUAACCAGCUUCGUCUCCUUGUGAAGCUUACCAUCGGAAAAUGGAGAGACUGAGGCCAGCUUGGGCUGUGAAGGCUAUCAUCGUGAUCGUAUUCACUUCGAUUUUGUUCCGAUGCGUCUGUGGUACGAACCACACCGUCGGUGGAGCUUCCGGCUGGGAUCUCAAAUCCAAUAUGGAAGCCUGGUCAUCUACAACCACGUUUAACGUCGGUGACGAUCUUGUGUUCUCAUACACGCCGGUUCACGAUGUGGUGGAAGUUAACACACUUGGUUACGACACGUGUACGGUAGCCAACGCUCUUGCCACGUACAACACCGGAGAUACGGUUAUCCACUUGACCGCACCCGGAACCCGUUACUUCGUAUGUGGCCGAAUGGGCCAUUGCCAGCAAGGCCUGAAACUUCAAGUUCAAGUUCCCGCUCAGUCCAACAACAACAACGGAACCGGCGAUGAUCAAGACCCACGCGCCGGAGUGGGCGGUGGUGGUCCUUCUCCACCGGCUUCUCCACCUCAAGAUGGUUCAAACCUACCUGAUGACGUGCCCCUCCCCUGCCAUUGUUCCCGUGCUGAGGAACGAUAUGGGCUUCUGCCAUUGAUUACGCUCGUAAUCUUCCUCUCUUUCGCUUGUUCUCCUUUCUUCUUACCUUUCUCGCGUCUCUCGGCUUUUAUAUGA